AUCCCUCUCCCGAAACUUAAAGGCACACAGGCAGAGUGCGAGAGAAGAAGAAAUACGAAAGCAGACUCUUUCACCAAAUUUAACUGCAACGUCUCUUCAUUUACAGACGCAGAGGAAGAUUCUGUAUAGCUCAGUAGAUCUCGUUGAUUUGUAAUCUCAAUUGGCUAUGGCGCAGCCUCUGGUGAAGAAGGACGACGAUCGCGAUGAUGAAGCGGAGUACUCUCCAUUUUUGGGGAUUGAGAAGGGUGCAGUUCUUCAAGAAGCUAGGGCUUUUAAUGACCCUCAACUCGAUGCAAGACGAUGCUCUCAGGUUAUCACAAAGCUUCUUUAUCUGCUGAACCAAGGAGAGACAUUCACUAAGAUUGAAGCCACAGAAGUGUUCUUUUCUGUGACAAAGCUUUUCCAAUCAAGGGAUAUAGGAUUAAGAAGAAUGGUCUAUCUGAUGAUAAAGGAGCUAUCUCCCUCUGCUGAUGAGGUCAUUAUUGUGACAAGCUCCCUCAUGAAGGACAUGAACAGCAAGACUGAUAUGUAUCGGGCAAAUGCCAUUCGUGUGCUUUGUCGGAUAACAGAUGGAACCCUUUUAACCCAGAUUGAGAGAUAUUUGAAACAAGCAAUUGUUGACAAAAACCCUGUUAUUGCUAGCGCAGCCUUGGUCAGUGGCAUCCACUUACUACAGACAAAUCCAGAGAUUGUGAAAAGGUGGAGCAAUGAGGUUCAGGAAGCUGUGCAGUCAAGGGCAGCCCUAGUGCAGUUUCAUGCUCUGGCUUUGCUUCAUCAGAUACGUCAGAAUGAUCGACUAGCUGUCAGUAAGUUGGUCACCAGUUUAACCAGGGGAAGUGUCCGCUCACCUUUGGCCCAGUGCCUCCUGAUACGUUAUACUAGUCAGGUAAUUCGUGAGUCAGCCUCUAACACUCAAACUGGGGAUCGCCCUUUCUAUGAUUUUCUUGAGAGCUGUCUGCGCCACAAGGCUGAGAUGGUGAUAUUUGAGGCUGCUAGAGCAAUAACAGAGCUUAAUGGUGUUACAACCCGAGAAUUGACACCUGCAAUUACCGUUCUUCAGCUCUUUUUGAGUUCUUCAAAGCCAGUAUUGAGAUUUGCUGCUGUCCGUACUUUAAACAAGGUGGCAAUGACUCAUCCAAUGGCUGUCACUAACUGCAAUAUUGAUAUGGAGAGUUUAAUUUCUGACCAGAACAGAAGCAUAGCCACACUUGCAAUCACCACUCUUUUGAAGACAGGAAAUGAAUCCAGUGUUGAUCGCCUAAUGAAGCAAAUAACUAAUUUUAUGUCUGAUAUCGCUGAUGAGUUUAAAAUUGUUGUUGUGGAUGCCAUAAGAUCAUUGUGCUUAAAGUUUCCACUGAAGUACAGAUCUUUGAUGAACUUCUUAAGCAACAUUCUUAGGGAGGAAGGAGGAUUUGAGUACAAAAAAGCAAUUGUAGAUUCAAUUGUGAUCCUCAUCAGAGAUAUUCCGGAUGCAAAGGAGAGCGGAUUGCUUCAUUUGUGCGAGUUCAUUGAAGAUUGUGAAUUUAGUUAUCUUUCCACACAGAUACUCCAUUUCCUUGGGAUUGAAGGGCCAAAAACAUCAGAUCCAAGCAAAUAUAUACGGUACAUUUACAACCGAGUACAUCUUGAAAAUGCAACUGUCCGGGCUAGUGCUGUGAGCACAUUAGCAAAAUUUGGAGCCAUGGUUGAUUCUUUGAAGCCCCGAAUAUUUGUUCUGUUGAGACGCUGUCUUUACGACAGUGAUGAUGAGGUUCGUGAUAGGGCUACUCUUUAUCUGAAUACACUUGAUGGCGAAGGAGCCGUUGUUGAAAGUGAUAAAGAUGUAAAGGAGUUUCUCUUUGGAUCACUAGAUGUCCCUCUUGUGAACCUGGAGACAAGUUUGAAAAAUUAUGUGCCUUCAGAAGAGUCUUUUGAUAUUCAUUCUGUACCCAAGGAGAUCAAGACCCAGCCACUUGCUGAGAAGAAAGCUCCUGGUAAGAAGCCAACUGGUCUUGAUGCUCCACCUAGUGGCCCAACAUCUACUGUUGAUGCUUAUGAGAGGCUGCUUUCCUCAGUUCCAGAGUUUGCAAGCUUUGGCAGGCUUUUCAAGUCUUCUGCACCCGUGGAGCUGACAGAAGCAGAGACAGAAUAUGCAGUAAAUGUUGUGAAGCACAUUUUUGAUAGGCAUGUUGUGUUUCAGUACAACUGCACAAAUACAAUUCCGGAGCAAUUACUGGAAAAUGUCACUGUUAUUGUGGAUGCUUCAGAUGCAGAGGAAUUCUCUGAAGUAGCAUCAAAGCCUUUAAGAUCACUUCCUUAUGAUUCACCUGGGCAAACAUUUGUGGCUUUUGAGAAGCCAGAGGGAGUCCCUGCUGUUGGAAAGUUUUCAAACAUGCUGCGGUUCAUUGUGAGGGAGGUUGACCCAACCACAGGUGAGCCAGAGGAUGAUGGGGUAGAAGAUGAGUACCAGCUUGAGGACCUUGAGGUUGUUUCAGCAGAUUACGUGCUGAAAGUGGGCGUCUCUAAUUUCAGGAAUGCAUGGGAAAGUAUGGACCCAGAUAAUGAGAAGAUAGAUGAAUAUGGCCUUGGCCUAAGGGAGAACCUUACUGAAGCUGUCAAUGCUGUCAUUAAUCUUCUUGGCAUGCAGCCCUGUGAGGGCACCGAGGUUGUCCCAAGCAAUUCAAGGUCACAUACUUGUCUACUCUCUGGCGUUUACAUUGGUGACGUGAGGGUGCUUGUCCGGUUGCAAUUUGGAAUUGAUUCCCAAAAGGAGGUUGCAAUGAAACUUGCUGUUAGAUCUGAGGAUAUAGCCGUCAGUGAAGCCAUUCAUGAUAUUGUAGCAAGCGGCUAGUUGGUCAGUAAUUCAGUAUGGCUAUAGCUAUUAUUUCUUCUGCCUCCUAAUUUGGUAUUCCCUUGUAUGUGUUUAGAUUUAUAGGAAGGACCUUAUUUUACUCUUACGAUUGAAAAUUCUUUGACGGGCUUAAGCAUGGGAUCCAGCAAGCCUUGCUUGAUCCAUACAAUCAUGGAUUUUGACUUUGCUUAUUUGUCAUAAGUUUUUAGAACCUAUGGUGAUUUUUUGUAGCAAAACAUGAAAAAGUAUGCAAUAUUAUUAUGAUACUUUUGCGUUUGCCAAACAAUUUGAUUCGUCUGCAUCUCCUGACACGUUUGUUGAAUAUUUUUUUUCCCUGAUAUAUUAUUGAAAUGAAAGAAAAGUAAUAAU